ACAACAGAAUAGAAUAAUACAAAUCUUCUUCCAAUUUUUUGAUAAAUUUUCUCCAAAAUACCCUUUUAUGGAUAUUGCCUUUCAACUCCUUCAACCCCAUCUCCAUUCCUUUCUUCAAGAUAUAAUGCAAUCUUUUGGUUGCACUUACAUUUGCCUUUGGUCUUAUUUCCCUCAACCAUCAAAUUGCUUGAGGUUUUCAGAUGGAUUAUUCUUGAAGGAAUUUGAUCAAGAACAAGUUGGGAGUUUAUCUCUGUUGCUUUUUCGAGAAUAUCAGCAGUUAGAAUUCAGUGUUGAUGAUGGGCUUAUUCCAGGACUUGCUUAUAAACAUAAUGAUCCUUGUUUGAAAUUGGAGAAUUCUCAGCUUCAAACGUAUGCUUCUGCUGAUGUACAAAGACAGUUUUAUCUUGCAGCUGGGAUUCAGACUUCGAUUUUCUUGGGAAGCAUCCAUGGUGAAAUUGAGCUUGGUUUCUCUAGCGUUUCUCAGGUUGAUAUUGAGAUGAUAAUAAGCAGUUUGGUUCCUGUUGAUGUUGUUGCUCCCAAGGUUCCAAUAAUGGAGCUUCCUCAGCCAUCCACAAAAUCAAAACUAAUCCCUGGUCCAAGUUCGAUCCCAAUCCUGAACCCGAACACGCUGUCAUCUUCAUCUUCUUCGUUGAGAUCAUCGUCGAUGGACAGCCCUGCAGAAUCACCCUUCACAACAGCUGACAUUCCCAUUCUUCAAAGCCAGCUUCAACCUUCCUCCAUAAACUCCAUUUUUGCUCAAGCAAGAAACCUUCAAUUCCCCACACCAGAAGCCUUAGAUGAGGCCAUGACAAGAACAAUUCUAGCAGUGCUUUCUUCACCAGCCUGUUCAUCUUCUUCCUCUGUUCAUCAGCCUUUAGAGAACCUUCCUCCAAGCUACCAUGUGAAUGUAAAAUCUAGUGCUUUCAAGAAAUAUGCUAGAGUUUUAACUCCAACGAAAAUCCGGUUGAAUCGAAAUUUGAGCACGAGGCAAAGCUUGCUCAAGAGAUCAUUAGCUUUCAUGACAAACUUGAAUCUCAUGAGACUUCGGGAACGCAUGCCGACAACAAGUCGGCCGACGAGCUCACAACUACAUCAUGUGAUAUCAGAACGACGACGGAGGGAGAAGCUCAACGACAGCUUUCAAGCAUUGAAAUCUCUACUCCCUCCCGGAACCAAGAAAGAUAAAGGAUCGGUGCUAACAACAACGAGGGAGUAUAUGAGUUCAUUGAAAGCUCAAGUAGCUGAGCUUAGUAGAAGGAACCAACAAUUGGAAGCACAACUUUUACAAAGUUCUAAAGAAGAAGAAAAAGAAGAAGCAAUACUUUUUCCUCGAGAAGAUAUUAGAUUUAGGGUUGGAAUUUCACAAGUUCAAGAAUCAACAUCAGAAGGCCAAAUUAUAGAUUUGAAUAUAGCAACUAGAGGAGAAUCUUCUUCACUGACAAAUAUAGUGAUUGGAGUUCUUGAGUUCUUGAGGCAGCUUAACAAUGUGAGAGUUUUAUCCAUGGAUGGCAACACCCAGUUAACACCUUCUUCAAGUUCUAUUAACCACCUAACUUUGAGAUUAAUCAUUGAGGAGAAUGAAUGGGACAAGUCAGCCUUCCAAGAAGCAGUGGAAAGAGUUGUCUCUGACCUGGCAAAAUGAAAGAUGGACCAAUCACAAUCUGCCAUGUGAAUGUUCCAACAUCACCACUAUUUUUUUUUUCUCCUAUUUCUUGUGUUGUUAUUAUUAUUAUUUUAAUGAGAUAUAUAGAUUAGUCAUUAGUGGUUA